AGGAUGUGCCAUUCCCUUAAAGAGUUCUUUAUUUUUGGCGUGACAGUGUAAUAAAAAAUAAAUAAACUAACUUUUGGCUUAGUAAUUGUGAUAUAAUUAUUAUCGAGUCUUGUCCUUUUUUAGUGCUUCCAAAAUGUGGUGAAUAGGCAAAGUAAAUGAAAUAAAUAUCAGUACCCAUUAUUUCGCAGCAAAAACCAUGGAGGUGUAAGAAUCUAAGUAUUUUUUUGCGAGCAAUAUUUUUUUUUCUCUUAUAUUACAAUGUGUGUAUUUAAAGCCCAGUCGUUUAGGGUUGGCAGCAUCAAUGAUUUUCAGGAGGAGCUAUUUACAUCACUUUUUAUUGUUAAGUCUUCUCUAACAGAUCUUGAACAUUUGUACUCCACGUACGAACAGGACAUUUCUGUGACAUUUCGCGAGAUUGUUUUGGUUUUGUCUAGAGAGGCAAGCAGAUGUAUCACAACUGCACUGGAGGGGCAACAGUGAAAUUGUGUGUACAAAAAAUAAAACACAACAAAUCGUUGUUUCAAAAAGCACGCGUGUUUUUGAUGGUGGGACUGAACGAUGUGCUGAAGGGCACCCGAUCUGACUAUGCGGCGAGGGAUUUUAAAAUCCUCCUCCGGAUGCUGCAGGAGAGGGAGUGUAACGUAGUGGUGAUGCUGCUGCCCCCUGUGCCACGCUUCCAGCCGGGCAGCAGGCAGGAGCUGUACCGCGAGUGGCUCAACUGCCACAUGCAGAGCACCGCAGAAAGCAUGAACAUGCGCGUAAUUAACGCAGACACGAUUUUUCGUAGAUGGGAUGGUUCCGUGAAGUCGGAGUUUUUUGAGAGGUUCAUGGGUGCUGAAAGGAGACCUGACAACAUUCACUGGAACGAAAAAGGGAUGAAGGCACUUGUGCAUUUCCUGAAGAAAUGUUUGUAAAUAUUACAAUUACACGAAUUACAUACAUAUUGAUAAUGCCGAAUGAGGACUUUAAAUAUACACACAUGAAUACUUGCACAUAUAUGUAUAGUAAUUGAAAGAAAAUGUUUGUUUCAAUGUCUCCCCUGUGAAUAAUAAAUGAAUUAUAUUAUUAAAUAUCCGUGUUAUUUGUGGAUUUAACUAGGAAAACCUGCAUUAUUUUGUAAUUAUUUAUAGGUAGGUAUAAAAAAGUACAAUUUAUCUUAAAAUCUUAUGAAUUAUCAUACCUCUAAUGUUAAAUUUUACUCUUGUACAGAUUGCACAUUGUAUCUAAGUAACACAAUUGAGAUGUCACAGUUAUGCUAAUUAAUACUUAUUAAUUUGUUUCGACAAUGUGUUUUCGAUUCCUUUGACUUCUUGCAAAUGGGUUAUACAUAAAUUAUUACUACAGAGACGUCCCUAAGUAGGUUACCUUGGAAAAGUUCUGACGUCAGCGUGUGUGGUGGUGUUAGUGAAACUUUAAUAAAAUAUUGUAUAUUAAAAAAGUGCA